AAGAACAAUAUAAAGCAAAUGAUUGUUUACAAACUCUGUAAAGAAUUAUGUAGAGAUUAUAUCUAAAUAUAAAGCUAAUUACGAGAUUGACAGAUAAGUAUUGAAAUUAAGUUAACACUCUGCUAAUGGGAUUAUAAGUGGAUUAGUCUCAAUAACGCUACAUAUAAGUAGUCUAAAUAAAUGAAGGAACAUUUCCUAUUAUUACUCAAAAUGGCUGCAAUAUCAGUGAACGGUACUACAAAACAAAAAGCACGUUUGGAUAUAGAUGGUUUCUCAUAUAUAAAAGAUCGCACUAUAAAUAAAAAACAUGUUGGCGUUGUAUCAACUAUUUUUCUCAAAAUUGUCACUCUCGCCUUCAUAUAUGUAUUAUUACGAGCAAUAUUGUGAAACCUGCUACUGAACAUAGUUAUAAAACUGAUGAUACAGCAAUUGAACUUCGUAAAUUUGACGAACAAAUCGUUUAUCGUGCGCUUAAUACUCAAGAAACACCGAAUCCUAUCGUGACACAUUGUUGUAAAGGACGACUUCGACCGAAUCAAACAAGACGGCAGCGCAGAUUUAGUAUUGAUCUUUGGAAUAUGUACCAUCGGACAACGAAGGCAGUCAUGAGAACAAACAACGCUGCGGAAGCUUAUCAUCGUCGAAUCGGCUCGGGUUUUCAGUGUUCACAUCCAACACUUUGA